CUCAUAUGGUUUGCUAAGCUUGAUUGGGUCAUUUGCCUCUCUCUUGCCGAUCAUCACCGAUUCCCUCAAGACCGUAUUGACGACGAUCUCUCCUCUUUUUUUCGAUUGGCAAACAGGUUUUUGCUUUUUCUUCUUUUGUCUCUUUGUUUUUGCUUCGAGCGGUUAACCGACAGGUUCGGAUAUCGUUGCACAUUCAAGAAUAACUUUCUUCCCUGAGCAGAUUUUGGGUGAUCCUUUUUUCACUCUUUCGUUUCUAUCAUUGCAGCCUCUGCGAGGUUUUCACAAUGAAGGCUUCAACACCCAAACAUAGCUCAAGAAGUGUUGCUCGAAACACACUUUUCAUCAAUCAAAAUGAUGCAGCAUAUUGGCUUGCCGCGGAGAACUUCGUCGAUGAUGACGACAUGAUCGCUAGCGUCAGGAAAAGCCCUCCUCAGCAGGUCUCUCCAUCGAAGAAGCAAGCGUUAGGACAAAAGUCAACACAGGGUCUCAAUUCAGCUCAAGAUAAACCAGUAGUUCUCGGCUUAUCGCAAUUACGACCAAAGAAAUCGGGACUAUUUGCCGCGGUUGCACCUCACAGUCCAAUGCGAUCGACAAAUGACAGUAAAUUGCUGAGCGUUCAAAACUCAAAAGCUGCCGAUUGCACCGCCCCUUCAACCUGCCUUAAUACUCCUACUGGCGAACAUUCUUUCUCAUACCCGAGAAGGGCACCGCCUGCGCCCAAUAUGACAGCUCAAGCAAAGGGCAAUGACCCCAAAAGUCCUUUAUCUCCAGUCUCGCCUCUUCCUCCUUCACUUUCGUCUUCUCUAUUACCUCCCGUUGAUAUUAAAUCACUGUCGAUCGAUCCUUCCUCGCCUCAGCAUUCAAGCUCAGCUUUUUUGACUUCAAGUCCAAUCUUCCAUUCACCUCGUCAUGGACACGCAUCAACGCAAACAAUCUCGUCCUCCAACAGUCACGCUACUGCUUUGGUUGGUACUGCAAUGCUUGCGUCGUUCCCUUCGCCUCCUCAACGUGAAGAGCGUGCACGAAUGAUUGAUUAUAACGAAAUGAAAAGACGUGCGAUGGAAUCACGGGAAGAGAAGCAAACUGAUAGAGCAUUUGUCCGGCAUCAAUCGAAACCUUUGCCGCCUGCGCCUUUCCUUAAAACGCAUGAUUUAGAGUACGACACUGACUCUGAAGAUGAGGAAAGUACCCGAACAAGUUCAGACUUGCACGGAUGGAGUGCAUCGCAAGCAGGAAUGCCAGCUGCCAUCGCUCAACAUCGCCCGUUGUGUCCGUAUGCUGAGCAUUCCGAUGUUUCUACAGAUCAUUGUGGUUGUCAAUCGGUGGUGUCUCAAAAGUUUUAUCAGUCCAACAAUAACAAGCUUGCAUGCAGUAGCGCACCCGAUCUUCUAGAUUUGGUCGCAAGUGCCGGCCAGACUGAAGAGCAGCGAAGAAACGAAGAUAUUCAAAGGGCAAAGAAUGUUCUCUACAGGCUCAGUGAUGAAAUCAACAAGCUGGAAGCAGAGGGAAAUCAACCAAACAAGCCAUCUGCUCCGAAGAAGACUGCAAUUCGAUGGGCACUGCCAAAAGAUCCUAAACGGGAUGCUGAAUUGCAAUAUCAAUCUGGGCUCUUGUCAGCUCCAGUGAACAAGAGUCUACCGACCAAACCCGAUGAAAAGGAGUUGCAAAGGUCCCUUACACCGGACCCUUCAAGACCGAUUCAAGGUCAAUUGUGGCCUCAGAGUCAUGCAAUGGUCGAGAGAUCGGUCACGCCAGGUCCAAGCUAUGGUUUAGCAGCAGGUAUGCUUCACGCAUGUUUGGCACCUAGAAGUCCUUCUUCCUCUGUUGAUCUUGCAAGACCGAUUGAACCUCCUGUCAUUAAAUCUAUCCUUCGCCCUCAAAGAAGCUUUGAUAUGUUGAAACACAAUCGAAGUGAAAGCACACUACCCUCUGCAUCCGCUCCCAGAGCCGUGACACCAUCGCCUCCUUUUGCUGCGCAACGUAGAAUGAUAUCAACUCUUCGAUCUCAGGAUCGGUGGAACAGCAAUGGUAGCAACCCGUCAGGCAAAAGAAAUGGUAGUCCAACAAACGCAAAACCUUCCUCGCCGCCAAGUCGAACGCAUCAAUGGGAUUCUCCUUGGCAGAAUGUACGAUCACAGGCAGCCACAAAAGCGAGCGAAGCUAGUCGUCAUCAUCGUCAGAACUCUUCAAAAUCUUCAACGUCUUCGGCAAAUAGCGCAAUGACUUCUAGUCACGGUUCAUCAAACACCCAUUCGAGUACUGCAGAUUCUAAUGGACCAACAACACCUAUUUGGGCAAAGCUGCAAUACAAAGGCAGACCGUCUAUGGGCGUAAUCCAUGAAUCGAACAAAGCUACCGUGAAUUCUGAUGGAUAUUCAACAGUACCUGUUUCGCCUGCAUCAACUCAAUCGCCACAAACGCCCACAAGCGUACGGGCGCCAAUUUCUCCAAGACGCCGUAAAGAUGAUACGGCGUAUCUUGUCAAUGCAAUCGAGCCUUUUCCAUUAGAACAAAGACAUGUUCCAAGAAAAAGCUCAACUGCACCGCCACCUUUACCACCUCCAUUGCCUGCAGGACAUAGAUUACUUGAUGGCAGGGCCAUUGAAGCAAAUCUUAAGGCAAAUCGAGGUGCAACAUAUACUCAUUUUGGUCCACCGCCCAGGAUGGCUUCUAGGUCCAAUACAGAUGAGAAUGGUUCGUAUGGUUUUGCUCUGUGAGCUAGAAAAGAAUUGUCACCUUUCAUAACAAUGAAAUUCAUUUCCUUGUCCUUAUUUGUGCGAGCGGAUGCUUGAUUGGAGCAGCGAAAGCGUUUCUUGCAUCCAGAGAAGGUAUAACCUGGCGCGACGCAUCAUAUUGAGGAACCAUGUACGCCAACGGAAUGGCAACGUCAUACGCCAGUGAUGAGGAGUGAACGGCUU